AAAGAGGAGGGAGAGAGAAAGAAGAACCAGGUCACACGCACAUUUACAAGCAACACUAGAGACUCAGAGGAAAGGAUCAGGAGAGGGGGGGAAAAAACAGAUAUUCUCACUCAGACACACGUGAGGGUUUGAUUGUUUAAUGUGGGGUUGAUGCCUGCUCCUGGCACGCGCUUGACCUCCUGCCACCUGAAGGAAAAGUUCACAUCAAGCAGAGAGGAGGAAGGGCUGUCUUUUGCCGUACUUUAAGACGACAGCUUCACUUCUGGGCAACUGUGAGGGUGUGAGUGAUUCUGCUGCAAUGGAGGGCCUAGACCCAGUGACUCCUACAGCUGCCUAUGCCUCCUGUUGAAUGUGGAAAGCCUAGGAUGGAAGACCCACCAAGUGCUCCUCUGAAGCACUGGAACAAGACUCUCAACUAUCUCGCCUCCUCCUUUGCACACACCAGCUGCUUCACCACCAUCACCAAUCAGACAGGGACCACCGCCACCGGGUAGUAAGAUUCCAGGAUGUUUGUGAAUUUCCGCCGGAUACGAAAAUGCCAGUGUGUGCAGCUGAUGACCACCUGCCUGGUGCUGUCGGUGGUGAUGGUUUGUUGGGAGCAGCUGGACAACAGCGUUGUCAGCCACGUCAAAUCCUACUCCUAUCGCUACCUGGUCAACAGCUUCACUUUCAUCAACAAGAGCCUCACCAUCCCACGUGAACAGGCCAGGAGCUUCAGCAACUUCCGCUACCAGCUGGACCACCCAGAGAAAUGCGCUGGCAAGGACAUCUUCCUCCUCCUCUUUGUCAAAACAUCCCCACAGAACACUGAGAGGCGAAACGCCAUCAGAUCCACCUGGGGUAACGAAACCUACAUCCAAAACACCCUGGGAGUGACAGUCAAGGUGGUGUUCGCCUUAGGAGCGCCUCAGAUCAAGGAGGAUGAGCCUUCAUGGAGCAAGAGGAGUGGACUUGGUUUUCAGGAGCAGCUAAUCCACGAGGACCAUCUCCAUGGUGAUUUGAUCCAACAAGACUUUUUAGACUCCUUUCACAACCUGACCCUGAAGCUGAUCCUGCAGUUCCACUGGACGCACAGCCACUGUGCUCAUGCCCGCUUCUUCAUGACCGCUGACGAUGACAUUUUUGUCCACAUGCCCAACCUGGUGCGCUACCUGCAGGAGAUGAGCAACAGAGGUGUCAUGGACUUCUGGAUUGGUCGAGUGAACAGAGGGGCGCCGCCAGUUCGCAGCAAAGACAGCAAGUACUAUGUGCCCUUUGAGAUGUACCAGUGGUUGUUGUACCCUGACUACACCGCUGGGGCUGGGUAUGUCAUCUCCAGGGAUGUGGCGGACAAAAUCUACCAAGCCACCCUGACCUUAAACGCCUCUAUUUACAUAGACGAUGUGUUCAUGGGCAUCUGCGCCAACGCCAUUGGUGUGUCACCGCAGGAGCACAUCUAUUUCUCAGGGGAGGGCAAAACGCCCUACCACUUGUGCAUCUAUGACCAGAUGAUGACCUCACAUGGUCACGUGGAAGAUAUCUAUGACCUAUGGAAGGCAGCAACCCACCCGCAAGUGAAACAGAAAACCUCUGGACUGAUGGGGAGGCUGUACUGCACAGCCGUGAAAAUGUCUCUCCUUUGUAACCCUUUCUACAGCUACACCUACCCUUGCAAAGCAGCCUUUUUGUAGUAUUGCUUCAGUGUGUUUGUCAAUGUGUGACGGAGUGGGAGGGAGUGUGUCAUAGGUCAGAAUGAAAGGAGGAUCAUCGCUGUGAAUAUUACCUCAGUCCUUUCAGUCGGACAACCAUGUCAAAACCCUGGAGAGACCAACAUCACGUCAGUGAUCUGUAGUCUUUGUGUUUUAAUAACAUAACACUAGCUUUGCAUUGACAGCAGAAUGUGUAAAGAAAAAGGGUCCUAAAAAGAUCCUAGCUACCCACUGUGCUCACAAAUGGGAUGGUAAUAGAUGAACUAAUUUAUUUUCCAUCUCAGCCAGAUGAUUGAGUGUAUUUUCUGCUUGCAUUGGAUUUUUCUGCCAAAACUAAUAAUACUCAAAAACAAAAACAUUUUCUUAACACAAGGCUGCCUCUCUCACUGGCAUUUAUCUAUUUUAUUACCUUAAUAGAAAAAAUUACUUCACUUUUUAAACUGGACCUAUAUUUGUGUGUGCUUCUAAAAUGAUGGUGCAAAGCAUUUAGGCAUUCUUGCUGUGUGAAUGAAUGCUAGAAACAUACACACUAGGUCAGUGAUGUGUUGGAUCUAAAAAGGUCUCAUCAUGAAAUGCAAAAUUCCUCAGUGAAGUAGGGUAGACGUGUAACUGAGAAGACGUUACAGUGCUGAAAAUAAUGAUGAGCAACAAGGUGUGAGUUCUAAAUUGACAGUUUUGUCGUAAUAUUUUUUUGUAAUUAAAUUUGCGAAAAAUGUUUUUUAAUGAAAUAAAAUCUCAAGUGAAAGUUA